AUGCCGGACAACCCCACCGCCUCCACCCUCUACAUCGUCCUGGAGCUGCUGAUCGCCGUGUUCUCCGUGCUGGGUAAUGUGCUGGUCUGCUGGGCCGUGUGCCUCAACAGCAACCUGCAGAGCAUCACCAACUUCUUCGUGGUGUCACUGGCGGUGGCUGACAUCGCCGUGGGAGUCCUCGCCAUUCCCUUCUCCAUCGUCAUUAGCACGGGCUUCUGCUCCAACUUCUAUGGCUGCCUGUUCAUCGCCUGUUUCGUGCUGGUUCUCACCCAGAGCUCCAUCUUCAGCCUGCUGGCCAUCGCUAUAGACCGCUACAUUGCAAUCAAGAUACCACUCAGGUACAACAGCUUGGUGACAGGCCAGCGGGCACAAGGCAUCAUCGCCAUCUGCUGGGUUUUAUCCAUCAUCAUCGGCCUGACCCCCAUGAUGGGCUGGCACAAUGUGUCCGACAAGAUGACCGAGAGCGACAUAAACAGCACCUGCCCGAGCGGCCUGAUGAAGUGCCUGUUUGAGGAGGUGGUGGUCAUGGAGUACAUGGUGUACUUCAACUUUUUUGCAUGUGUGCUGAUUCCCCUGCUGCUGAUGCUGGCCAUCUACCUGUGUAUCUUCAUGGCUGCUUGCCACCAGCUCAAGCUGAUCGAGGUGAAGGCGAUUCAUGGAGAGAAGUCGCGCUCCACGCUACAGAAAGAGAUCCAGGCUGCCAAGUCUCUGGCCAUCAUAGUGGGACUGUUCGCUGUGUGCUGGCUGCCUUUACACAUCAUCAACUGCUUCACCCUCUUCUGCCCUCAGUGUGAUCGUCCUCCGCUCUGGAUCAUGUAUGUUGCCAUUAUCCUCUCCCACGCCAACUCGGUGAUCAACCCCUUCAUCUACGCCUACCGCAUCAGGGAGUUCAGACAAACCUUCCGUAGGAUAAUCCGGCGCCACAUCCUGGGCCGGAAAGAGCGGUUUGACAGUGGCAGCAGAAGGCAAACGUCCACUCGCACCAGCACCGCAGACUCCAUCAGACUCAAGUCGAACGACCUCAGCUUCACCGAGCACAGCAGCAGCAGUAGCUGUGAAAGCUCCUACCGCGUCCCAACUCACAUCUCUUCUGUAGGAGGAGGUCUGAUGGCGGUGUCCCAUCCCCCUCUGUCAGUUGUCAUCUCCCACUGUCCUAAGAUGGGGCAAUGCCCACUGCAAGCUCUAACACAGACUCAGAUCCCCCUGGGUCAUCAUUUACAGUACGUGGAGCAGCAGCAUGACUGUGCAGGACCAGAAGUGGUGGAGGAAAGAGACAACAAAGAAAACCUAAGCUCACACCAGGUCACAUCUCUGUUCAGCAAGAAAAACAAGCAGAGCUGCUGUAGUGAGCAGGCAAAGGUGUCCUGACACACACACAGAGGGAGAUCAUUCAUUAAUAUUCAGGAGCCUCACAGUGAGAUAUCAGCAUCCGCACAGCGGCAGCUCUCGAAGGAUUGUGACCUGUCCUGACCUGCGAUGGA